AUGCCGUCGCAGAGGGAGUUGCGUGCAGCGGGGAGAGGGGACCUGGCGGAAGCAAUAUCCAAAUUCCAUGGUGGUUUCCGAGAAGCAGCGAAACGUUUGGGAUUCACCCCAAGGAAGAAAAAAGACUUCUUUUAUGAUAGCUUUUCUAAUUUAGCGCGAGAGCUGUACUCAUUUGCAAGUGAAGUUGGUGAGGAAAGUGUUAUGCCCUCAACCGCCUUGAUCCAGGCAAGAGGAAGAACAGACUUGGCAGCUGCCAUUCGCAAGUAUAAUGGGAUGUCGAAAGUUUCACAGCGUCUCGGCCUGCAGUACCGCGUUCGGACCAGAGAAGCGUUUAAAGAUUGGGACAUCUUUCGACGCAGUCUCGUGGCAUUCAUAGAGCGGCACGGUACCGCGGGGGAAAUACCCUCGUGUAGGUCUCUCACAAACUUUGGUCGAUCAGAUUUGUAUCAAGGAAUCCUCCAUCACGGAGGCCCCCGAGCAGUCUCUGAUAGAAUGGAACUCAAGAGGAACUUCUAUCAGGACUUUCACAAUGUGGGCAAAGAACUUCUCGAUUUCAUCAAGACGCAUGGCACCGAGGGUGUAAUGCCGACUGAAAAUGACUUUCUUGAAAUAGGAAGGUCAUCUUUGAAUUUGGGCGUGUCAAAGUUUGGACACUCCCAUGUGGCGCAGAGACUAGGCUUGAGCGAACCGCUUCAAUCGACUCAGAUAGCGCUGGACACCCUUCUGCAACGCUCGCUGAAUCUCUGGGAGUAUUGCGAAUGUGACGGUGACACAGAAGAGCGAUGA